AUGAUGGUUUCUGUCUUCCAUGCUUGUUGCUGCUUGGCUCUCUUGUCGUUCGGCAGCGCGACCACCCAGGGGAAGUGCAUCGAGGACAAAGCAGCCGCAGCACCAGCCUUGCUCCAGGUGCAUCAAUCUUCCCAGGUUUCACUCGUACAGGCGGUGCGCCAUGGCAUUCAGCAACACUUGCGAAGCAGGUUGCAGGAGGAUCCAGACGUGGUGUCCAAGGGUGCGGCCGUCAUUGGUGUAGAAUUGGAAGCUCGACAUCAUGACUACGUGCAGAGCUUGGUCAACGGCACAAGUCUCCUGCAGAGCUGGGGCCCCGGUCUCAUUAGAUCCAACGCAAUGGAGUUUGACGACGACCUGAUCAAGUCUCUAAAGACCGUCAAUGAAUUGGCUGAUGACCUUCGUGCAGAAGCGGAAGCAUCAAAAAUGGAAAAUUUGGUAGCUACCACACUGAAGGCUGGCUUGGAUUUCUUCUCCAAGCUCGGGAAGCGGCUGGUUGAUGGAACACCAUUCCUGCCGAAUGACGUCCUCAAGACAGCAUUCAGCUUGGCAGAGACAGUCUUCGCUGUCGGUUCUACUUUUAUGAACCCAGUUGCUGCUUUGUUUGGAACCAUGCUUCUGUCGCAGCUUGGUGGUUUGUUGAGUUUUUUGGACGGCCCCCAGCCAAGUCCCCUGGAGAAGCUCUACGAAACGAUCAUGGACAAUGUGAAGGAGAUGAUGGACGAGAGAGGACUGGCUGAGAGGCUUCGAAGCUCACUGUUGUCCUUACAGGUCAUGGUCCGCACGUUGCAGCUCUUGCCCGAGGUGCUCUCCUUGGGCGCCCUCGGCAAGGAUAAUCAGAUGUGCCUGAUGUGGUGGCUGAUGCUGCAGCAUGACUUAAGUUUGUUGGAAGCUCAGCUGUGGGGUGAGUGCUGGAGGGACGAGACCAGCGACGAAUGCGAAGCUUGGUCUCAGCAGUGCUCGAUAUUCCCUGCAUUAACUUUGGCUGAGCUGCAACUGGGCAGUUUCACCGAAAUCGUCAUGUUGGACUCAGUUUUUGCGCCGCACUUCGCCCAGAAGGCAAAGGCUUACCAGGAAAGAUGGGCAAGGGUGGGAGCUGCGAUGUAUAAGACGUGCCGAGACGUGAAGUGCUGCGGGUCUCCAUGGGACAGCUCUGACGAGACCUCCCGAUCAGAGUGGUAUAAACUUCAGAAGGACACCUAUGAUACCCUGAAGGUUUUCGUAGACAAGCUCACGGAAGACACAAGGUUCAAGUCACUUCCGAUGUCUUUGGAAACAUCAAUGGAGAACCUCGAAGACCGAGUUUACACCCGAAAAGUGUUCGACUGCACAUGGAAAACCGAUGAAACCUGGUGCAGCGUGUCCGGCACGAAUUUCUUUCUCCAAAGCCUUCGGGUUGGCAUUGGCGGCGAAAGAGGAGGUUCGGAUCAGAUCAAGUAUUACAAAGAGGUUUACUUGGCUUAUGGCAAGGGCGAGACAUCUUCUCAGUGGAUUUCGCGUGAAUGGAAUGAGGAAGGCUGGCUUAUGUGCCCAGACGACUACUACAUGCGAUCUAUCUGGCACAAGACACAUGAAAUUGAGGGUGUGAUGAAAGUGGCCUGCCGCCGGCCCUUCACCUACGACAGCAGCUGGUACCACUGCUACACCGAGGACAUUACUGACAAGCUCAAGAAUGAAGACGUGAAUGACUGGGUCGGGUGCCAACAAGACUACUUUAUCACAGGGCUCUACUUCAAGGCGGUUACAGCUUGGUUUCAGCUUGGCAAGAACUACAUAAACCAUCUUACGCAUGUAAGAUGCUGCGAGUUGCAGGAGCGAUUCAGCAGCAGAUGA